AUGAAUGACGUUUUGGCAUCUCAAAAGUGUGAAAUGCUUGUGGUAAAUGAAAAAAUUCGUGUAGAUAUUUCACAGCGCAAACUUUGGGAAGAAUUUCAUCGGUAUCAAAACGAAAUGAUUCUUACGAGUAAAGGAAGGUUAGUAAUGAAGACAACUUUUUUUUAUGAUCUAUUAGUUAAUUAUAAUUUAAUAAUUUGUAAUUUUCGGUGCAUUUAUCCGCGAAUCUCUUUUGCUGUCAGUGGGUUGGAAGUGAGAUCUUUAUAUUCAAUGCACCUUAAAAUACGUCGAGCUGAUUGUUUUCGGUAUAAAUAUACGGGUGGUGAAUGGCACAAAGCUGGAAGAGGCGAGCCGGAGAGUGAAACAAAGCCAAUCUAUCCUGAAAAUGGCUUUACACAAACUGGACAAUACUGGAUGAGUAACGAUAUUCGUUUUGGAAAAGUUAAAAUUACUAAUAAUCCAAAAGACUAUUUCAACGUAGUCCUUACAUCGAUGCAUAAAUAUUGUCCAAUUCUUUAUGUGCAUAAAGUUUAUGCUACUCCUGCAGUUUGUCUAGAUGGUUCAACAAUUUUCACUAAUCAGUAUCAACUUGUAAAAAGUUUUACCGAUGAAGUUAUGGAAUUUAUAGCCGUUACAGCAUAUCAGAAUCAGCAAAUAAUUGAAAUGAAGAAAGCACAUAAUAGUUAUGCACGUGGACAACGUGGUGGAACGGUUAAAAGCACUACUGAUUUACCUAAUGGAGAUGCUAGCAGUCUAACUCCAUCCUCAAGUUAUCAACCUCCAUUGUAUUUGCCAAUGAAUCCUUUGAAUGGAUACAAUCCGUAUUGGGGAAGCACAUCAUCUUUACCAAGUCAAAUUCAUUUUCCAUCUUUAGUUGAUUUUCCAUCUUCAUCAUCAACUGGACAACCUUCCUAUCCACUCAGUUCUAAAUCAUUCACCGAUCAACCAAAUUCAUCAACCCAUUCAGAUUCCGUGCUGCUUCGGUCAUUAAAUUCUGGAAAUACUUUUCGAACAAUGUUUCACAAUUUGUCAAAGUCAUCAACUUCACUCGAAUCUCAAUCAGUUCUAAGUCCCUCUCCCUUUGCUCAAUUAAAUCUACAUAAUAUGAAUAUGUGGGAUUAUGGCACCUUUUGGCAUCCUUUCGCUCUUCCAUAUUCACCGCUUGUAUCUAAUCCUUCGGACACUGAUUCCAAUAUUUGA